AUGGCUACCAAAGGAGCGUAUAAACGAUUAACAAAGGAAUACAUGGCCCUUCAAAAGAAUCCACCUCCUUACAUUACUGCGAAACCAUUAGAAAGUAACAUUUUAGACUGGCAUUACGUUAUUCAAGGACCACCUGAUUCACCGUAUGAAGGAGGAGAAUAUUAUGGUAGAAUUACUUUUCCUGCUGAAUAUCCUUUUAAACCACCCACUAUUCGAAUGACCACACCUUCCGGAAGGUUCCAGCCAGACACUAGACUUUGUUUAACAAUGAGUGAUUUCCACCCUAGUUCUUGGAACCCAAGUUGGUCUGUUUCGACUAUAUUAAACGGUUUACUAAGUUUUAUGGUAGGUGAUGAAGCCACAACUGGUAGUAUAAAAACUGGUGUCAAUGAAAAGAAAAUGUAUGCCGCCCGAUCCCACAUGUGGAACAUAAGAAACCAAAAGUUUCGAGAGGUAUUCCCUGAACUAUGUACAAUGUUGCUCCCAAAAAAAUGA